AUGAUGAAUCCAUGUUGCGUUGUUAACUUUCUACUUGUAACAUGUACUGUCGUUUCAGUCGCUGAAUUACCACGUAUUUUCUGUUAUCGAAAGGCGGGUGUCCUUGGACGAAAUAAUUACCCUAAUGGAGAAACAUAUAAAAGUUCAUUAAGAUUUAUGGGCAAGACAAAUUUAGCAUCACAAACAUUAAUCAAUCAAGCUAAUUUUUAUUGGAUUGGUUUGCUUUCAAUUGGUACACCUGGACAAACGUUUUUUGUUGAUUUCGAUACGGGCUCAACUGAUUUAUGGGUUCCAUCGAGUGAAUGUCAAUCGACUUGUGGUUAUAAAACGAGAUAUGAUUCACGAAAGUCAAAUACUUCGCGACCGAAUGAUGCAUCCUUUCGGAUUACUUAUGGCGAUGGUUCGUAUGUUCAGGGGCAAUUCGUUUAUGACACUGUCAUGGUAGCAGGUUUAUCUGUGGCGAAUCAAGCGUUUGCUCAAGCGAAAAAUAUGUCUGGUUUCAGUUCAUCAACAUUUGACGGAGUUUUCGGUUUGGCUUAUCCAUCGCUAGCAACAAAGGGGCAAACAUCAGUGUUCUACAAUAUGUGGCAACAGGGUCUGAUCAAUCAUCCGAGUUUUUCAUUCUAUUUCAAUCCUGAUCCAAAUGUGUAUCCGGGUGGUGAAUUGAUUUUAGGUGGAAUUGAUUCGAGCAGAUAUACGGGUUCAAUUACGUACACGGAUGUUAUUAUACCUGCUUAUUGGGAAUUUCAGUUGACUAAUGUGCAGACAAAUAAUCACAUCAUCUGUUCAAACUGUCGUGCGAUCUUAGACACAGGUACAACUUUGAUCGUUGGACCAACAAACCAAAUUGGUUUACUCAAUCGUUUGAUUAAUGGAACCUAUGAUUCGGUCACUGGUCUAUAUGCAGUCGAUUGUCAAAAUCGUUCGUUAGACUCUUUUCCCAAUGUGGACUUUCUCCUUGGUAACACAACAUUUACAUUAUCCGCAUUACAAUAUCUACUGGUUGUUCAUUUGACUGGUGAUAAAUAUAUUUGCUAUACGGUUUUCCAAGGUGUCAAUUUACACGAUAGUACCGGAAGUUUGAUGUGGAUUCUUGGUGACUAUUUUCUCAGUCGAUUCUAUUCGAUUUACGAUCUUUAUGCGAAUCGCGUAGGUCUAGCUAAGUCGAUCUCUUAUGAUUAUCUUCAAUCCUCUCCUAAAUCCUUAUUUGCCAACUCAUCCGCUCAGACUGAACAGUUCUCCUUGUAUGUCUUUGCUUUGUUUUUCUUCAGGGAAAUGUGUGUCAAUUGA